AUGCAGAAAAAAGAAGCGAUUCUUUCAGAAAGUGAAUACAAAUAAUAUCUGUCUAAUGAAUUUUCAGACUCUAGCAUAAAUUAAAUUGACAGCACCAAAAAGAAUUCCUUCGGUAAAAAUAGAAGGCAUAGCACAAAGAAAAGCUAGACUAUCAAUGGUAUAAAGAAUGUUGAAAGCAACCUCAAAUAAGAGAUUAAAAAAGAGUUUGAAAACAAGUUUGAUUUAAUGAGUUACAGCUGGAUUUUGUUUUAACAAGGCAGGGAUGUCUCUUAAAUUCAAGGACUAGAGAGCAAGAUUUAGUCAUUAAAUCCAUAUAAUCAGCUUACUUAGUGGAAAAAAAUUCUUAGCAAAGGUAAUGAUGAUGAUCAGAUGGAUAAAAAAGAAUCAAUGCUAAACAGUAAGAUCGUUCGUCCUAGACUUGAGGAUGUGAAGAGUAAACUGCAAAGCAUCAGGAAAAAACGGGCUACAUCUGUCGUCAGAAAUAGAAACAAUCACACAUACACAUCAUAGCACAUGAAUGAUCCUUAAUUCAAAGAGAAAAUGUCCAUUAUUUAGUUUGCAAUGGAUAAAAUUCAAUAGGAAGACAAACUUCAGAAACUCUCAUAAUUUUAAAAGAAUAAAAUGCUACUAAAAUAUCUUUAACUUACGGAAAGUUUGGUACCUCAUUGUAAAGUUGCUGUGAAAAAAUUUGAUAAUCCAUAAGCAUCUAAAUCUAACAGUCCAAGACCCUAAAAUUAGCAAGUUAAAUAGUAAAAUAGUACAAAGCCUAUUUCAUAGUUAGCAAAAUCUAAUGAUCCCUCUUCAUAACAAUAGAGUAUAAAAGUCAUAAAGUUUUCUAAAAAUAAUACUGAGUAUCACGGAAAAUCUUUUGGCUCUUUUAAUUAGUCAAAUGCUUAUUUUGACAAAGGUGAAGAGACGAAUGACGAGGAGUAAAAGCCUUUGAGACUGUAACUUAAUCCAGUUCGAACUUCAAGGAAGAUUAAUGAUGAAUUUAGGAUGAGCUUCGGUGAUAAACCUCAGGCUUCAUAAAUUAUUUCUCAAGCCUAGAGAAGACAAAAAAGUGAAUCAAAGCUAAAGUAGAUUAAUCAUCUAUAAUAGUCAAAUGAAGGAGCUGCGAUCCUUGAAGAUUAACAUAAUGAGCAUUAGGAGGAUGAAGCAGCUGAUAUGAUAAGUCUUUUUCCUGCCAAUCAUAUUUAUAACAAAGAGUCAGCAUUAGUGUCAAACCAAUAAUCAAAAAAUGUAUUAUUUACAGACAUGAAACAUUCAGCUCCAGAAGCAUAGCUUCUAAAGGCUUAUAAAUAUUCCAAUCUUGAUAAGGGAUUUUAGACUUAAACGAGAUAAGGAGGAUUCGGCACUUUCAUUGAGGUUGCCAAUUAAAGUAGCAAGCAAAAUUAAAAAAGGGACAAUUUUAAUGCAUCUUUAAAUAAGAUCAAAGAUUUUUGCACUUCAGAACUGACUGAUCAAAAUCAAAAUCUAAUUAUAAAGAAAAAGUAAAAUGAAAAGAAUAGCAUUAACAGCUACAUGCAGUCAUAUUAAGUUGCUGACGGUAUAUUUGAAUAAACAAUGAGAAAAGAAAACUAAAAAUACGUAAGACUACAAAAUUUAUUAGGUAUAAAUAAUGAAGAUACCGGAUAGCUUUUUGAAAAUUUUGAGCCAUCAACAAACAUCAUUCAAGUCAAUAACAAUGAAUUAAGUCAUAAAAUUGAUAAUUCCAAAGAGGCAAGAAAGAGUAGGCUUAAAAAUAUUAUGUUGCUUUCAUCCCAUGGAAAGAGAAAGACAACUAUCAAUAAUAAUAAAGAUUUUUCCCCAUUAAUCAGGCUCACUCCCUAAUAAGAAGAGAAUUUGCAGAUAUAUCAUUCAUUUUAGAUUCCUGCUACUGCUAAUAAUCAUAAGUCCAGAACACCUUUUGAGCAAUAAAAUCAUUUAAAUUAACAGCCUUUAUAGCAAAAUACAACCUAAAUAAGAUUUGAAACUUCACCUUAUAUGACUUAGACUUUUAGGAGAGAAGCCUAGACUCAAGGUUCACAGAUUAGAAUCACAGGCAAGACUCAAAAUCUAACUGAAUUUCCUUCACCUUCCACAUAUGAUUAUAAAAAUAUGAGUAAAUCAUCAAAACUGAAUAGAAAUUCAUUCUACGACCAUAGAGCAGAAUAAGAACUUAAAAAGUAAAUGAAUUUGGAAAAUUUGGCUAAUUAAACUAUGUAAAAUUUGGACAAAGCGCUUUCAUUUUUUGAAGAACACGUACAGACAAAGGAGCAACAGACUAAGAGAACAAUCAGAGAAUAGGCAGAUAGAUUGAGAAAUAUCACCAAGAUGCAAAAGAAGAGGGUCAGAACACAAUAAGAAAUCAGUUAUUUUUGA